AGGCAACAAUGGGACUGUGUAUAUUUCAGACUGGCUGGCUAGGUUAGCUAGCCAGGAGCCUGGGCAGUCAGCUGGCACCGCUGACUGGUAACAUGCAGGGUUAUAGCUACUGUACGCUUCCCUUGUGUUGUCUCUAUAUUUACUGUAAAACAUCUACCUACGGCUUAAUUGUCUUUUAUAAACCUCUAUAUUUUAUUUUAGCACUAAAGAAGCCAAAAAAAAUCGCGUUUGAAGGAGGUGUUAACUGAGCGAAACUGGAAUUGUGUUGUGGUGCUUGUUAGCUAGUUGUGUUCUGCAGUGUGACAACAACCAGCGAGGAUUAAACUGAGCUCCAUUUACCUGGCACAUAAUUAUCAUGAUUUCCAUCUUCCUGAUGCAGGUAGGCUAGUGGCACCUCUCAAGAGAAAUUACAAGUUGUUUUCCUGGUUGAAGCCAGCUGAGGAUGAAGUUGGAAGUGCGGUUAUUUUAUACUAUUUGCAGCUUUCAAAGUAUGCUAUAGCUGUCGUUAAGUUGUCUCCCGCUGCUCGUAUCUGACAGUUAUUAGGACAUGCGUGCAUACAUCCAAAAUUAGAGUGACAGUCGUCUUCACUCCAUGUACAGAUGUGCGUCUUCCUGGCUCCCCAGCGUGUCUGCAAAUAGCGCCUCUUAAUACAGAGACAGGGCAAAGUGUUUCCACCUGCAAAAGCAAGUGUUAAAGGUGAUAACAAAAGGUUGACGUCACCGGGCUCAUCCUGCUCCUGCCGCACAACCCCGACCACUGAGGAGGUGGAGGAGGAGUGCAGGAGUUUCACAGCAGGAGAGCAGCUUUUUGCCAUAACGCCUAAUGGUUCGUGUCUGGAAGGAAAAGGUCUAUCUGUGAUCAAAUUUCGGGUAUCCUGAGGGCGCACUUAACUAAUGGGAUCCUAUCGAUGUUUCUCCCCCUCCAAGCCUGAUCUUUACACGGCGGAAUGUUAAUGUUGCCACAGCCUGUCCGUGUUGUCUUUGGCUGCUCUGUGUCUGGCUUUAUUGUUGUAAUCGCUCUAUAAUGCCAUGGAGCUUGACGGAUUUUAUUAAAAAGCAUACCGCAGUGAAGCAACUCUUCUGUGACUGGCCGGACUAUGGAAGUUAUCGGGUUUACUCUGUGCAUGUGUGAGGAGAAGUGUGUGUCCCAUGUUGCAUUAGUGUCUGUGUGAAAUGCUGGCCUGUCUGCCAGGGCCAGGUGACCUCCCCCUCCAGCUUCUCCCCCACACGCAGAUGAACACUGGACUUCAGAAAUGGGACACCACACAAAGGAUGAGAUCUGCUCCGUUUCCAACCCCUGCAGAAUUGGACGCAUAUGCUAAGAAGGUUGCCAACAACCCCCUCUCCAUCAAGAUCUUCCCCAACAGUGUCAAGGUCCCCCAGCGAAACCACGUACGCCGUACAGUGAACGGGCUGGAUACGUCAGGCCAGCGCUACAGCCCCUACCCUGCGUCUCAGGCCAGUGCCAAGACAGGCCUCCUCGCCAUCGUCAAGGUGCCCACAGUCAAAGGCAUCCUCAAAGAUUUUGACGGCAGCCGGGCUCGGUUGCACCCUGAAGUCAUCAUGAACCCUCCCACUGGACCCUAUCAAGUGGCUUCAACCAGCACUUUAAACCACCACCCACCUCUGCCGAACCUCCCGCGGCCCCAGCAGAGCUUACCCCUUCAACCGCAGGACCCACCUCAGACUCUGCAGAUGCCACUUCCUCAGCAGCAGGCUCACACUCAGAGUCUCAGACACCCUCCCCCUAUGGCCCAGCACCCUCAGGGCCCACCCAGACUCCAGACUUUGUCUCAGCACCCAGCCCUUGGCCACCCACAGGGGCCUCCUACUGUCAUGCUUCAGCAGCAGCACCUUCAGCAGCAGCCACCACCUGGCCUGCAGGGGAGCAGAAAGCUGCCAGAUGGCGACGCUCCGCCUAACGUUACUGUCUCUACCUCAACCAUUCCGCUCUCCAUGGCCGCUGGGCUGCACCAGGGCCGCCAGGCUGAUCUGAGCACCAUCGUGCAUCAGAUCAACCAGUUCUGCCAAGCUCGGGCCCAAGGUGCAGGAGCCACCUCCAUGUGCGAGGGCCAGAUCGCCAACCCCAGCCCCAUCAGUCGCAACCUGCUUAUCAGCGCCUGCUCCCGGGUGUCCAUGCACAGUAACCCUGCUACCCCUGGCUUCCCCCCACCCAACUGCAUUAUUGGCGCUCAAGAGAAAGUCACAGCCCCAGUGGGAGCCCACCCUCCACCCAGUGUGGCUGCUAUGAACCACUUGCCUUCCAACCACGCUGAUCUCAAGCAGCAGCACCACCUGCAGCAGCAUCUGCAUCCACAACAAAAUCAGCAGCAACAACAGCUACAACACAACACACAGCAGCAGAAGAUGCACUCUUGGAAUCAGCAUCAGUUGGCUCAUGUGCCCCACAUUCAGAACGGUGGGACCCACCUCUGCAAGCAGCCUUCCAGGGACCCCACCUUCCAUUUUAAGGGCAUGGGCUACCCUGCAGAGGUGUGUGUGGGUCAGCCUUACUCACUGAAACCUCCGGUAGAGAGGCCCACCCCCUCCCCACCUGUCAACAACAACGGUAUGCCCGGCCCCAUGGCCCACUACACUAACGGUCACUACUUCCAGUCCCACAUUUGGAACAGCAGCAUCCUUCCCACACCCAACAGUGACAGCUCCGGGUCUCAGGACGUAGCCAUGCCAUUCCACAGUGCAGGCCCAGGAGGGUGUACCACACUAGACUGUGGCCCCCCUGGGGCUCCCCAUUACAGGCUAGGAACCAGCUCCUCCACCUCUUCCUCCGCCCAGACUAAUCUGAUGCAAACGUCAGAUUACUUGGGUGGGGACUUCCAGACGCCCUAUUUCCGCGAUCAGAAUCUAGGGUUGAUGGGCAAGAUGCACAGGCCUCCUCUGAGCAGGGUAGGUCCAGAGGUUGGAGAUGGCAGAACCGCUCUCAUCCAGCACCCAGGGUACAGAUAAGCUAUGGCCUUGUCUCCACAACUGUUAUCAACCCCUUUUGUUUAGUCUUAAGAAAGGAAACACGUGAAUAAAACUCAAUUGAUAACUUAAAUGACCGCUGAUGUUAAAGAGGGUAAAUUAAUAUAUUUAAUGAAGAACAGUAGUUAUUUUGUUUGUUUAAUCUUGCAAGUGAUCAAUUGCUACGUUUAGUUUUGUUGCUUUUACCUGGCACUUCUGGUAACUUUUUCAUGUAUGUGUGCGUAAACAUCUGCACUGUUCAUUCCCUGCUUCAUCCUCGAUCGUACUCGUCAAUUCUGUGUGCCUGGAUCUUAACAGAUCCUGUGUUAUUUCUACUACAGACCUGUUAGUAAAGUUUUCUUAUGCAUGUAAGAAAGAAGAAAAACAGAUUCCUCACUGAAAAAUGGCAAUGUCUACUGAUGGAUUUUUUUUUAUUUUACUUUAUUUUUUACAGGAUUAUGUCAGGAAUUUUUGGCUCCGACUAGUUUUAAUAGACUAAUUUCUUGGUGUCAACGCUUCAAGAUUAAAUACAAUCACUUCUGGAUAGAAGAGGAGAGUAUGAUCUUGUUUCAGUGCAAAGCCAUCGGACACUGGAAAGUAGAAAACACAGCUGGAAGCGUUUGCAGUAAUGCACAUGUACACAGAGGUUUUAUUCUUUUUAAAUGUAAUUAUUUAUUUGUAUGAUAGGACUAUUCAAGAUUAAUUCCUCUUGGUCAGUUAAGGAAGCACGUAAUCAGGUCGUUUGUACAUAGUAAAGGUCCAGCAGGGAGCAAAUGUGUAGAAAAGGUGAAGCUCUGUCCCGCAUAAAAUGCUGCAAUGAAUUCAGGUGUUAAAAAAAUGACUCAGUGCCACAGUUGGCAACAAGAUUGUGAAAUGUUUAGGGCAGAAAAAGUCAAGAAAGAUUAGCUCUCCUACCUUAAAAUGGCCAAAGUCAGGUUAACAAGGACACACUCUUAUGAAGUUGUGCCAUUUUUCUGUUUGUGUCCUUUUCUGAUCCUUUGUGUAUCCAUGACAAAUGUAAUACUUGAAUGUUGAGAUUGUUUUGCAGGUAUUGAAAGGGAUAGGUUAGUCAUGAGGACAAAACUCUGGAGUAGAAGAAAUAAGCGUUAAUGAUGUCACGUAGAGCUGAACUACAAGCCUAGCCAGAGUUUUGCUCCUCACAACAGGAACUUCAGUGAAUUGUGUGUAGUUGCUACUGAAUCUGAUGUGAAGUUUGCUCGAAAAGACCAAAUUGAUCACUUGCAAGAUCUCUCGAAGGUAAACGGAACUGACUUUUAAGUUUAAAGUGAAACAGCAAAUGCAUUGUUUAUUUUAUUGUACACUGGCUUACCUACUAGACUACUGUAACUUUAAAGUUUAAUGAUUGUGUGUGAAUGUUGCCUGCUGCUGUGGGUACAGUUAAGGAUGAGUAUGUGAGCGUUAGAGAGUGUGCGUGUUAUAACACAAUUACGCCCAUGUUUCGUUCACCUAACUCCCUAACAGCCCUUAAAAAGCCUUAAGUGUUUGGUCCUUGGACUUUCCUUUGAAAAUGAGCAUGGUUUUAAUAAAAACCCCAAAUAAUAAGGAGAAAGAAGACGGUAAGGAUACGCAGAAACAGCAAUUUCUUUUUUCUUUUGGUCUUUUUAUUUUAAUGAAGUUUUGUUGACUAGACAGAGCAAUUCCUUAGAGAUUCUUUAUUAUGGAAAGCAAGAAAAGGAGUAAUAUUUUGUAAUUAUAUAUUUUAGCAAUGUGUAGUUACUGAGCUGUAACAUUUUUUUCCAAGUCUCAAAGCUUCAGUUUGCAGUUGUGACUAUUUAUAAUACUUGAUUUGCUUGUUAUUUAAAUUUUAUUUUCUUCUUUGUUUCUUGUACUAUUGCUGUGAAAUGGAAGAAGGUCCAUAAGCCUUUCUUUUGUGUCAUUCUGUACGACAGAUAAGAGGCAAGAGCGUGAGAGUUGUGCUACUCUUUUUGUAAUAUUGUAAUAAUAAAAUAAAGUUCUAAUUUAUGCUUUGAAA